GAAAAGCUUCUCUACAACUUUUAUUUUGGAUACUCAUCCGUCAUUACUAAUCCAUGACAUCACUUUUUGGAUACUCUGCACCCUCUGCGCACGAAGAAAAAAUGGAAGAAGAAUCGAACGGCGACGGAUCGCAUCCAGCCUCUCGAGGUUCUGGAAAGGACAAAGCAACUUUUACUUCUUCCAAAUGCCCCAGCGGUGCUGGUUUAGAAAACUCUUGUGAACUUCCUUUUGGAUUUAUGUGGUCUCCCAUGGCGGCCUACAACGACCCAAGAAAUUUGAAAGGCGGCGACGAAAUGGCCGUUGUAAAGUGCGACGGCAAUUCACUGCCACCGGUCUUGUGUGUGUCAUGCCUAGCAUACAUGAACCCUUAUGCAGAAAUGGACAAAAAGUCGGGGAUCUGGUCGUGUCCUCUAUGUGGACACGAAAACGUAGUCCCGACGGAUGAACUUUAUCCAGGAUCCGACAUUAUGACAGCGAUGUCGUCUUCCUGUAUCGAGUAUCGCCAGGCAAUAUCGAAAACGAAUGCGGACGACGAUGAGCCCGAGAAGCAGAUUGGUAGCAACGGAAAGAACUCGACGUACAACGGUCUACAAGAAAAGGAAGAAGAUUACUGCACAUACAUAUUGUUGGUGGAUGAAAACCUCUCUCCGAAGGAUGGUCAGGCAAUUGCACCUGCGGUGGAAGCCAUUUUCAAGGAGCAAAUCGCAAAUGCCGAAGAUGGUGACGCUCAUCCGAAGGCACGAAUUGGUUUGGUUGUAUUUGGAAAGUCUGUUUCAAUAUAUCAGCUUGGAUUUUCGGGAUUAGCCUCGGCAGAUGUGUACAUGCCCAACGAAUCGGAUGCUGACAACACGGUAUUCGAUGCGGCUGUCGAGAAAAGGUCAUAUCUAGCAGAGAUCCAAACAGGCGGAGAAUUUACCUCUCUUCGAAACUCCUUGUCGUCUAUCUUUGGUGUGUCUGUUGACGAGGAAGCCGACGAAUCUGCUUCGGACUCGAUUGGAAUUUCUUCGCGAAUGGCCAUGCUAUCGCAAAGGAAAGCAUCUCGACUCAGAAAAAAAGAAAGCGGAGCUGAUGGAGUGUCGAACGUGACUGCGAGGUCACCGUGGAUGAAACGGAGCGAGGAAUCGCUCUCUGAGAAGCCGAAGAGGUGCACGGCAGAAGCUCUUCAGUGUGCUCUGGAACUAGCGGAUGCGUCUAUCUCGAAUCCUUCUAGAACAUCGCGCGUCAUAUUAUUUACGAAUGGUUGUCCGAAUAGCGGGACUGUGAAUGUAGUCGACCCAGAUGUAGCUUCUGAAAAGUUAAGAAAGAGGAACGGAAAGCGAGCUACGCAUACAAUUGUAGAUACAGAUAGGUUGCAAAAGGCUCUUGAGUAUUUCGAUGACUUGGGAAACAUUGCGAUUUCAGCUGGGAUCGGCAUUGAUGUAUUUUGUUCCGGAGUCACCGAAUUGGCCUUACCUGCUUAUCAAGCAAUGGUCGAACCGAGUGACGGAUACUGCUUGCCUUUGGUUUCUCUCGAUACCCCGCAACUAAAGAAAAACUUGAAAUUUGUAAUCGAGAGCACAUACGUGGCUCGAUCUGAAGAUAGUGUGUCGACCGAUGAUGUGAACUUUUUGGAUGGUCCCGAAUGCAUUCUGGAUAUUCGGACUGACAGUUUUUUGACACCAACGCAGAUGUGUGGUUCUGGGGAAAUUAUUCCGAGUAAUACCUCCGUUAUGGCGGAAAACGAGAGAACAGCGUUUGAAAAAGGCCUGAAGCUUGCAGCGGAAAAGGGAUUCAAAAUCAAAAACCUUCCUUCUGAGAAGGCUCAUGAAAUAUCCAUGACAAGGGUACAAAUGGGUCGAGUUGACCCACUGAGUACAGUUUUUGUUCUGAUGGAAGUUGACGACACAUUCAAUCACGAGGACGAAUACGCUUUCUUUCAAUUUGUAGCUCGCUAUGUUUCUCCCAUGGGCGACGCAGAGAUAACUCGUGUUUUAAGCUUCAAAAUUCUUGUUGCGGAGGAUAUAAACGAUUUCUUGAGAAGUUUGAAUGAUGAAAUUAUGUCCGUUGCGUUGGCCAAAAUCGCUGUUUACCGAUCUCUUCACGGUAGGGAAGAAACAGAUGAUACUCGCGACAUGACUGUUGCUGGAGAUGUCGAUUUGCAAGAGAAACUAGCCUACGCCGCGCAAUUAGAUAUAGAUGCCACAGUUCAGCGGAUAUCAGGAGCCUUCCGUCUUCUCGAUCUGGAAAAGAAUACCCGAAUGCGAAGGUAUGUUUACCAACUGUUCAAAAGUUGAAAAAUCAAUAUCCUCUUCUUUCUCAUUGUUACAUGUCGUUUUCGUGCCUUUUGUACCAAAGCGUUUCGAAAAAGCCGAUAUCGCGUUCAGAAACUUCAUCGUUGGACAUUGCUUUCCCUCCCCAACUGAAGGAAACUUUGAAUCGGCUGUAUCAUUUACGACGUGGUCCUUUGAUCAGUCCAGGCCCUAUGCGGGCUAUGGAUGACAGGGCUGAACAAAGGAGACUGUUUCUGCGUUUUCCUGUCAAAGAUUGCUUGAUCAUGAUGCGUCCCGAACUUUGGAGCACAGGAUCUAUGACGAUUUCAUCGGGAUGGGAUACAAUGCUAGAGUUUCCACCGGAAACCCUUGCCUUAUGGGAUGAUGUAAGUUUUUGUCAUUCGUCUAUCGAUACUCGUUUAUUGAUCGCAAUAUCUCAUGACAUUCCAAUUAUAUCUGUGUCUUGCAGAGUAUCGUCGCUGCCGAUUUCCACGACUCCAUGUUCAUUUGGACUGGGGCCAAUUGCACUGCGCAAAGAUACGAUGGCAUCCGUGACAAGUUCAAGGCUCACUUGUUAAAAAUAUCCGAGAAUAGAUUUCCUAUGCCGGAACUGCACGAAUUGUCAGACGGAGAUUCCAUGGGUCGUCGUUUCACUGCCCGUUUGGCACCUUCCCAUGCUGAUCCAAUCGAUAAUCAGAUUGUUAACUUUCCUGCGCUCUCAGAAUUGAAACCAGACGCCUUAGAACAGCUUCGUUCGAAAUUCAAGUUUUAUGACUCAGACUCCGACGCUAGUUUUCGUACAUGGUUUUGGAGUGUUGCUAGUGCUUCCAACAAUAGUAAAAAGGCUGGGAUGUCAUUGUGCGAAUAAUGGAUGAACGUUGUGCAAAAUAAUUUUAAAAUCUUCUGAUAACGUAAUUUUGCCGAAAAGUUUUUUUUUCCUCACCAUGUCAAGGGUUUCGAUAAAAAAAGAAUAUUCUCAUCGCGAAUGAUUUCACGGAUGAGUUUUGUCCCGAUGGUAGCAGCUCUCUUCACUGGUAUAACAUUUGUUGUCACCAUAUAUCUUUUUAUUUGAGUGUAGAUGCAUUAAAAUCAGCGGAGAGGCAAAAAUGAGAUGCCAACGUAUGAAAGUCAACAAGAAGAAAAAAACAUUACCACGUGUAUUUUGUAAUGACUUACAGCUCAAAGUGCUUGCCAUUAAUCGCCAAAUAAAUUUCAUCGCCUUCUACAAUGUAAGAGAGGCCAUCUGAAUUAUAUGGGGUGGAUUCAUGAAGGCCAAUAGACGGGCACUGUUUCCCUAUUCCAGCAAAAAUGCCGGCCUCUUUCAUUUGGCUUCCACCUUCGCUUGAGUCAUUUCUUAUCAUAUCAAAUGCAUCAGUGGAUGCUUCUACGGUGGCGGAACCAAGUCGUAGGCGCAAACUGAGUUUUUGGUAGUUACUCCACAGACAUGACUGAGAAACGGUCUUAUUGAAUGGAGCCUUCAAUGCCGGACCGAUACAUUGUGAGAACAAUCCACCUUGCUGUUGCUGCCGUUUUUUCCUUGGAGAAACAUUUUUGAUUGGAAUGUCCAACCGAAACAAGAAAUGAACUAGCCACUGUGAAUCUUCGUCUGCUAGGUAUUGUUUGCAAAUGCAGUCGAUUGACGAAAGCUCGUUUGAACGUCGCACUUGGCGCAAUAGUUCUGCUUCUUGAGGUACUGAGCUCUCGCUUCCCAGCAUGUCUGCCGAGAUGUUUACAAAGCUUUCAUCAGUAGUGCUCCCAUUGUCAAAGGAUUCAUUUCUUCGUUUCCAGUGGACAUCAAUAGUGUUGUUUGAUGACGAUACCGACCCAUGGUCAUCCUUCACAAUAAGUAUGGAGUCCGAAACUGCAGGCAAUUCGAGGGUUUCCCGUACUUUUUGCGAGGAGACUCGCAAGAUCUGAAACUGCUCUGUGGUGUUAUGGGAGCUCAAAAGUAUUAUGGUCAACUUUGACUGAAUGUCAAAGCAAUUAGUGUAUGCGUAUAGAAAUCCAGUAGAAUGAAAUCGUGGAAGACACAUUGGUAACCACAAUUCACUGGAUGUUAAACCAGGCUGCCUGCUGAUAAAGUUCAAAAUAAGAU